AUGUGGAUUGACGGGGAUAAACUUAAAGAGCCUGGUCUGUCCCAAGCUCCCAUCAUCAUCAACAUUAGGUUGCCUGAAGAAAAGUCCAUUCUAACAUCGACGAUAUUUUAUCAACAGGCUCUUAUGGCUUCACAAAUGAACAUACCGCGGAUAUCGAUGCGAAGGGGAUCUUUUUUUCUCCAUCUUGCUACCAAAUAUGUCGCCCAAACCCCUCGUUUGCUGCGCACAAUCGUGAGACAAUCGUGCGCUACCUGCACGAGUAUGCACCCAAAGACGAAAACGGGGCAUCGGGGUCAAGUGGAAAGCUAG